AUGCCAAUCCCCCACGGAGUCUACACCCCCGUUGUUACUUUUUUCCAGGACAAAGCUGCCGGCUACGCGCUUGAUCUCGACACCCAGGCCAAACACGCCAACUUCCUGGCUGAUAGUGGACUGACCGGUGUUGUCCUAUUGGGCUCCACCGGAGAGGCUGUUAACCUCACUCAGAAGGAGCGAGUGUCUCUCGUGCGCUCCACCACCAAGGCCGUUCGAGACGCUGGCCACAAGGACUUCACCAUUGUCGUUGGAGUGGCCCAACAGAACUGGAGCGAGGCCAUUGACGAGGUCAACUUGCAGGCCGAGGCUGGAGCCCAGUAUGCGAUGGUGUUGGCGCCCAACUACUUUGCCGGCACUCAAUUGACACAGGAGGGUAUCAUCGAGUGGUACACCGCCGUCGCCGAUGCUGCCAAGAUCCCCAUCAUUCUCUACUACUACCCCGGUGUCUCCAACAACCUCAAGAUCGACCACUCCACCUUCAACACUCUGGCCCAGCACAAGAACGUUGUUGGUACCAAGUUGUCCCACUCAGAGUGCUCUUGGCACGGAUUGCUGGCCCUGGACCCCGAGAACGUUAAGAACGACUUCUCUGUGCUCACCGGCCUCGGCCAGAUGCUGCUGCCUUGUAUGACUGUUGGUGUCAUUGGAGCCAUUGAUGCCGUCUCUGGUGCCUUCCCCAAGACCCUCAAGCGACUCUACGACUUGUCUGUGCUCGUUCGAGAUGGAAAGGGAACCCCCGAAAUUGUCAAGGAGGCUGCCCACGUUCAGUACGUUGUGUCCUGGGCUGCUGAGAUUGUUGACGUCUUUGGACCUCUCGGUACCAAGGAGCUGACCCGACGAGCGACUGGAUUCGGCCGUGAGAAUGGUUCUCGACCUCCCAUGAGCGGCAAGGUCGACUGGACCGACUGGGAGAAGGUGUACAAGGAUAUUUCCGAUCUCGAGAAGUCUCUGUAA